AUCUGGUUAGUUAUUUAAACAAUAAACCGUUUUAUUUUCAUAUAGCGGUUAUCAGCGGACAUAUUCAGGGUUUAUUUUGGUAUUUUGUAAAUCUACUGUAGAUUAUUUGUAGAUCUACUGUAGAUUAACAGUUUAUAAUAUAAUAACUGAUUAAACUGCAGGAUUCAUUUUCCUUCCUGAAUCUUGAAUCCUUCAUUUCUCCUCAUGUACAAGUUAAUACUUCAGAACCAUAAAUGGAUCAAAUAAUCGAUCAUGAUCUGAUCUGCUUUAAUUAUUACUACUAUUAAAUACAUCAGAAUAAAAGCAUCAACCAGCAGCAUGAUGCAUUAUUUUAUUUUAAUAAAGUCAGAUAAAGGCUAGAGAAAAAUGCUUCGAACUAUAAAUAUGGAAAAACUCCACAUGAUUCAACUGGAUCUGGACCCAACAGAACCACCAGAUCAUAAAGUCUCAGAGUUAAAACAGGAACUUUGUUUCUCCCAGUCGGUCAGUGAACGUCUCAUCCGAUCAAAGUCCAACUUUUAUCGGGUCAAAGGUUCUGAUCAGCGAGUCGUCGGGUUAAAUCACAGCAGAGCAGAAGAUAUCUGAGGUCCAGCUGGAGACGGGUUCUGUUGGACUGGAUCAGAAGGUUCUGUUGGUCGGUGUAAAUAAGGAGGAUGCGGUACUGCAGCACCCGGGGCGGGGUCCGGGACCGGGACUUCAGGGAGGUUCUGUUCUCCGGAUUCGCUCCGGAUGGAGGGAUGUUUGUGCCGCAGACGCUGCCCACAGUGAGUCCAGAGACGCUGCGCAGCUGGAAGGGGCUGCGGUACCGCCGGCUGGUUCUGGAGGUCGCUGCCCUGUUCAUCCCAGAGGAGCUGAUCCCCAGAGACGAGCUGGAGGGCCUCGUAGCUGAAGCUCUCUCUGGGUUCUUGGUUCCCGACUCGGUCCGGAUCGCCCGGCUGAAGGACGGUUUGUCGGUUCUGGAACUUUUCCAUGGAGAAACUUUGGCGUUCAAAGAUCUGGCCAUGAGCUGCACCGUCCACUUCCUCAACUACUUCCUGCGGAAAGACGGCAGCCGAGCCGUCGUCCUGGUCGGAACAUCAGGUGACACCGGCGGUUCGGCCGUCCGCAGCGCCCGGUCUCUGCCGGGUCUGGAUGUUCUGGUGGUUUUCCCUCGGGGUCGGAUCACGGCGGUCCAGGAGAAACACAUGACGUCCUGCCUGGAGGACAACGUCCACGUGUUCGCAGCCGAUGGCAGCUCAGAUGACAUCGACCGGCCCCUCCGCCGCCUGUUCUCCGAUCAGAACCUGGUCCGGACCCACGGCGUGAUGAGCCUCAACUCUGUCAACUGGUCCAGAGUCAUGAUCCAGGUGGCUCACUUCUUCUACGCCUACCUGGAGCUGAGCGGCCUGGGGGCGGAGCCUGAACCGGGGGCGGAGCCAGAGCUGGGGGCGGAGCCGGAGGCGGAGCCUGGACCGGGGGCGGAGCCAGAACCGGGGGCGGGGCCUGAACCGGGGGCGGGGCCUGGACCGGGGGCGGAGCCUGGAGCGCUGCCGGAGCUGGAGGUGGUGGUUCCGACCGGAGGAGCCGGGAACAUCACAGCUGCCUUCAUCGCGGUGCGGAUGGGCCUGCCGCUGAAACUGGUUGCCAUGGUGAACGCUAACGACAUCGUGCAUCGGACGGUAACCAGCGGCGAUUUCUCCAUGGCGCCCAGCGUCACCCAGACUCUGGCUCCGGCCAUCGACAUUCAGGUAAACAGUGACUGGAACCAGAACCAGAACCAACCAGAACCAACCAGAACCAACCGGGUCUUUAUGGUCGGUUCUGGAUUUAAUGAUAAAAUAAUUCAUUUCAUUCUUGGUAAAUUUGGAGUGGAAGCCAUCUUGGUUCUGGUUCUCUGUGGGUUCUCCCAGCUGGCCCAGGUUCUGGUGACCGGCGCCGUGAGCGACCCGGAGAUCCUGGAGACCAUGAGGCGGUGCUGGGAGCAGAACCGGUACCUGCUGUGUCCCCACACGGCCGUGGCCGUCUGGCACCACUACCACAGAACCCACAAGGCCGGCAGAAACAGAUGCUACGUCGCUACGGCGUCUCCAGCGAAGUUCCAGGCGGCGGUGGAGAAGGCCGGCCUGACCUUUGACCCCCCUGAGGCCGUGCUGGCUUUGGACCAGUUACCCACCCGGUACCAGAACCUGGAGAGGAGCGCGGACUGGUGCAAGGACUGGGAGGAGCGUCUGAGGGACUGGAUCCAGUUUGUGAGCAGAACCAGGAAGGAGGGUGGAGUUUGUUACCCUCAGAGUCCAUAGAGACGUUUCUGGACGACUUCCUGUCCCUCAGGGGACUGUGAUGUCAUCAAUCACCUGAUCAGCAAAUAAAACUUCUAAAUAAAAAUAACCUGGAUGUGAAUGCAGCCGGAAAUUUGUUCAAACUAAUUUACAUGUUUGCAAAGAAAGAAACAAAAGUUAACUUAAAAUAAUAUUUUAAUGCACUUUUGAUUCCUUUUACUUAAUAGAAAUAAUUUAGUUAUUGAGACCUAUUGUAACUUUUACAUCUAUUAAUUUCCAUCCAUUAUAAUAAAUCUGUUUUAUUAUUUCAGUUUUAUUCUGACAUGUCAGGAUGUUUAAUAAAUGUUGAAGAUUUUCUUUAACCUGAAUAAACUCCACACGUUUCA